GUUUUCCAGAGAAGUAUGGAACUCCGGAAACAAAACUAUUUAAUUCUAUAAAGUUAUAAAAUAUGUUUUUCCAAAAACUCAAAUUUCGUACCUCCAAGAACUCCCAUAAAAUAUCUCCAGCCACGGUGUCGAAAUCUCCGGCCACCGUCUCAAAAUCAUCGGAGAAAAGAUUGAGGAAAGAAUUCCAAGAAGAAGAUCACAUCCUGAAGGCUCAUGUGAGAGCGUCGUUACCUUCGCCAGAAAAUAUUUCCCGGUGGGAAGCUACCGUUAACGGCCCGGUGGGUUGCCCUUACGAGAACGGAGUCUUCACCGUCUCCGUUCACAUCCCAUCCAAAUAUCCUUUUCAACCACCCAAAAUCACAUUCAAGACAAAGAUUUUUCAUCCUAAUAUAAGCGAAAGUGGAGAAAUCUUUGUUGAUAUAUUAGGAUCACGAUGGUCUUCGGCGUUGACCAUCAAUCUUGUACUGCUUUCUGUAUGUUCGAUUUUAUCGAACCCGGUUGAACCGUUUUUGAUUAGCAAUCAUGCCGCGAGACUGUACCGGAAAGACCGGAAAGCUUAUGAGAAAGUUGCGCGAGAAUGGACUCUGAAAUAUGCAAAGGAUUAGUUGUUCUUAUUUUAUAUAUUUGUUUAUGUCUAUUGCGAUUAACUAUAGACUACUUCUGUUUUGUUUCGUCAGUUUAGUGUCGUGUAAUACUGAGAGAUUGGAUACUAUAGUUGUAUUUGUAUAGCAGCUGCUAAACUUUGUUGAAAAUUGUUUUUGUGCUUCUGUUUUUUACUUUCACAGUAAACAAUUCAAAUAUUA